GCUGCCUGUGACAUACGUCCCCUUCUCCCGAGUCCGCUUCUAUACCAUGAGCUCUGGCUCUGCCCAGGAUGUGGCAGUCGAGCAUUUCCUGCGUGACAUAGAGAGGCGAAGCAAGCGGCUACACUGCGCUGUGAUAGGCUGCGAGGAGGAGCGACCCCGCAGCGACAUGAACCUGCUGUAUCGUAAGAGCCGUUUGGACUGGAGGCAGAGGGACCAGGAGGGAAGUAAAAAGAGCUCCACCCAAAGCGACCCCUCAGCCACUGUUGGCAAAGUCAGAGACUUGGCUUCUUUUCGUCGGCACUUCCGGAUGGGUUUCAUGACCAUGCCGGCGUCCCAGGACCUGUCCCCUCACUCUUGUGCCUCCGCCAUGGCGCCACGCUCGCAGUCCUGCCAUGCUGUUGGUGCAGGGGAUACGAGCCUGGAGAACGGAGAUUAUUCUGACACCCAAUCCCAACAUGGCGGCCGCUGCCCUCCGGCCAAACCCAAACGUCACCCCAGCACUCGCCUCAGCUCCUCAUCCGCCGACAGCAGAGGACUUCCUGAGACGCCGCCUCCCCCGUCCUCUCACUCGCAGUCCAAACACUCAGAAAAGAAAAAUGCCAUGAAGAAGUCAGACUCUGGAGACAUCGGAGCAAAGAAGGUGCCUCCUUUAAAGCCCAAGAGAAGUCCCAGCACCCAGCUUUCCUUUGACCCCCUUCCUCCACGUGUGCCUCCUUCUGCCACAUCCUUGCCUUUCCAGGCAGCAGACUCUCAGAUUCAGACAGGAGACGGGGAGGAUGAGCCAGUCUAUAUAGAGAUGGUGGGCCAAGUGUUCACCAGAGACAGCCAGACGGCCACCCCCCACCCUGUCACCCCUGUGGCCACCACGCCUGACUCUGACUCAGACCAGAGUGAGGCCAUCUAUGAGGAGAUGAAAUACCCGCUGCAAGAAGACAGAGAGUCCCAGAGACACCUCCCUCCAAAAGAGAAACUGAGAAACUCUAAACACUUUCAUGUAACCCCUUCCUCCUCUAGCAGUUCUUCCUCUCUGCCACGCCCCUCCUCUUCCUCUCCGUCGUACUCCAAACCCAAAGCUACUGUGUCAAUCUCCCAUUCAUCUCCUCUGCCUUCCUCCACGUCCUCCACCCCUGUCCCACAGGUCCUCUCCGCCAGUCCGCACACCCCACGAGCUCCUACUCCCUAUCUGCUGCAAGGGAGUAAAUCUGAAACUGAGUCCAACACGAAGAUCCCCGCCCCUUUCCCCAAUCUUCUACAGCACCGGCCCCCACUGCUUGCCUUCCCCCAGCCAGCAGCAGCCUCCAGCGGGGUCGGGGUGCAAAACAAGGCCUCUGCUAAAAUGGGAACUCAAACAUCCAGCGUGACAACUCAAGCCAGCAACUCCUCCUCCACUUCUUCUAAUGUUCCGGUAUCUGUGUCAGGCUCCAAGGAAUCAUCAGGAGGAAGUGCAACCCAGCAGGACAAACACAGCAGAGAGGCCCAGUUGGGCCCCGCUCCUGGACUCAGAGCCAGGAGCCAUUCCACACCUCUGCCUCCCUCGUCCAAAUCCACCUCCCCUUUCUCUCAUCACCACCACCAUCCUCACCAUCGCCCAUCGCACUACCAUCACUAUCGCAAGCCAGACAGAGGUGACUCCCCUGUUCCGAACAAGAGCAGUUCUCAGACUUCCACAGUCCAGACCCAAACCUCUAGCACAGGCAGGGAAGGCAAGUCUGUUAGCUUCCUCUUGAAGUCCGAUAAAGGAGAGAGGGACAAGGAUCGGGACAGAGACAGAGACAAGGAUAGGGAAAAGGAUAGGGACAGGGACAGGGACAGGGACAGGGACCGAGAUAGAGAGAGGGAUAGGGAUAGGGGUAGAGACAGGGACAGGGAAAGGGAUAGAGACAGAGACAGAGACAGGGACAGGGACAGAGACAGGGAUCGGGAUAGGGAUCGGGAUAGGGAUGGAGGGCCGUACUCCUUACAGCUGGAUCACACUCAUUCCACUAACAGCCAAACGUCUCAAAGCAGCACCAGUUCAACCCCUACACCAUUAUCCUCAUCCCAGCGUCCUCAUUCUCGCCCCCAUCUUCGUUCUCACACUCCUCACGGCCUGCCAGCGUACAAGCCUCCUUCCUCGGACAGCCCCUUACUGUGGACUUACCCCUCCGGUGGUUUCCGGAGACCGCCGGCAUACGAGAGCCUUAGAGGAAGCUCUCAGACACCGUCUCUACAACAGCCCUCAAGUCUCACUGGUAUAGGUGAGGGGUCAUCCAGAAGUAACGGAGGGUCUGCGUCCCUCCAGUCAAAAGUUGGCUUCAUGCCCUGGGACAGCAGUGCCAGCUUAGCUGCAGAUGAGGGAUCUUACUGGCCUAUGCAGAGGAAAUUGUCCUUCAGCCAUGGAAGCAGAGAGACAGAGAAGGAUGAAGGCCGUGCGUGGAAUGGCAGUGCUGAUGCCCUGUUAAGGAUGGAUAAGGAGGACCUCGGCAUGGGGUCUCGAGGAGGUCAUUCGGGCAUCCCAGUCCACUUCAGUGGUGCCACCAGCAGGGCUCUUGGUCACAGUGAGUCCUUGGCCGGUGUGGAUAGCAGCCCGGGUUUCAGAGCCCUGCCCAGAGUCGGUCUGCCUCUUCCCUGCCAGACUUUCCCUGCCUGUCGCAAUGGAGAAGUGGGGCGGCUGGGCCGCUCCUCCUCUGCUGCUGGAGUGAGACAGGUGGGUGGAGGAGAUGUCCAGAGACAGAGCAGCCUACCAGCACGAGAAGCCCUGAAUCAGCUGCAUGGUCUGGCCCAGUCUCAAGCGCCCUGCAGUCCCAGCAGUCCCAGUGUGUCUCGGCAGCAGCAGCAGCUUCAGCUCCACCAGCAGCAGUUACAGUUAAAGCAGCAGCUCCAGCAGCUUCAGCAACAGCACCACCUGCAGUUGCAGUUCCAGCAGCUCGCCCAGCUGGCACAGGGACAGCCUCCUGUCAGCGGGGGCACCACCCCAUCCGCAGCGCAGACCCAGAGAGACGGCAAGCUGCUGGAAGUCAUCGAGCGUAAACGCUGCCUGUGCAAAGAGAUCAAGGCCCACAGGCGCCCUGACAAAAGCCUGUGCAAGCAGGACAGCAUGCCCAUCCUCCCUAGCUGGAGACGGACUCCUGAACCUCGUAAGACUGGCACGCCACCCUGCCAGAGGCCGCAGGCCGUCGUGUGGGACACGGCUAUCUGAGGUGGAAAGACAGGCCAGCAAGUACAGCACUGAAGAGAGACUAAACCCACAGAGGAGUUGGAGAUGGUUGGACAGUUAAUACGAGAUGGGAGUAAACAUGGGUUUAGUACUAAAAUUUGCUCUUUUUGUGUGAUAAACUGAUCUGAGAACAGUAAAGAAGGUUAUUGGAGACAUUGAACUUGUUUGUGGAAAAAAAACAAAAAACAGGUUGAUAAAAGAGGUGAAGAAGAAAAAGUGUUACAAUCAGACUAAAUUAAUCUCGUACCCGGGUGAUUUGUACUUGCUCUGUACUAUGUCCUUUUUGAUGUGUUCUAAUUGCCAAUGAUUUUUUGCCACAAAACGCCAGUAUUAUUGCUACAAAAUGAAAACACCAACUUAACAAUAAUGGGUGGGAUGUUUUCUGAUAUUGGUGUUGCCAAACUUCCUCCUGACUACUUGAGACAUAAAGGAAUCAUGUAUUUUCUCCAACACUCAGUUGUCCAACAAGCCUAGAAACUACUCUGUGGAUGAGAAAAGGCAAGACUCAUUGCUAAGUUAUUGAAGUGUUUCUUGAAGUCGUGAAUGCAUAUGAGAUGUCUUGGUAUCAAUAGAUUGUCAUUGUGGAUGCAAAUAAUCAUCACUGGGGAGUAAAAGCUACCUACUGUAUCUGUUUGCAUAUUUGUAAUGUAAAUCUAUUUACUUUCUCAACGUUUCUGCAAUUUUAUAGCAAUAUGCUCCCAAUGCUGGAGCAACAUAAUUAAAACUUGUGUCAACUAGCCUAACAUACAUAUCUAAGACUUAAAUAAGUCAUAUUUACUGUG